GCGACUGUUCAGAAAAGCAGAUUUGCUGGUCGUUUACAUAUACUUAUCGCACUGUUAAUAUGCCUGUUGGGAUAUCUGACUUACCCGAUGAACUUCUUGUGAUAAUAUUUUCCUUUCUGUCAUUUUAUGACAUUGUAAAGAACGUUAAAGCUGUUUGUACUCACUGGCGGGAUUUAGGAGACCGAAAAUGUUUUUGGAAUACACGCGGACUUCUGAAAUGGGUAAAAGAGGCCGACGACGAACAAGGAUAUAUACAACGUGUCCGCGUGAUAGCAAGAAACAUCGAUACUUUGAAGUACUCAGAAAUAAAUGGAGGGGAACCUGAUGACUAUCUUGCCUCCAACAUUGAAAAACUUUAUUUGAAAAGAUUUUGUGAGCCAACGCCAUUUCAGUCGACGCAUAUCAUGGAUAUGUAUGAAGAAUAUAACGGACCUCUCUUAUUUCUGAGAGAAGACAUUUUCUGUCCGAAUUUGAAAGCAAUUUAUACUGUUGAUACAAAUGUAUCUCCUACAUGUUUCCGUAAACUUCUUGAAAAAUAUCCUCAUGUAACAACUAUUGUGUGGGCUAGGAGCCUUUACUCAGAACUCUGUGCUUAUUUGCCUCCAAUACGACCAUUACCGAAGCUGGAAAAACUAACAGUCGUCGAAUGUCAGAAUACGGAUGACUUUCCAAGGUACGAAGAUUCCAAUAUUGUCUGGAAUAGACAAAACAGGAAUGUUGAAUUGCAGGAUUUGAUAAGUGAACAUGCUGAGUUAGAAAGCUUACAUGUUUCUUUACGGAGAACAAGUGGGCGCACAAUUGAGACAAUAUUUGAGACAUGUCAAAACUUACGAGGUUUGAAAUUAAGUGCUUGUAAUACACACGAAACAGACGAAUUAGAUCUCACAUCGUCAUUGCCGAUGCUUGAAGAAUUAUCUUUAGAUAGUUUUGACAGGGAUCCAAAUGAAAUGAAAAACUUGUUUGUUGCUGCAUGUUCAAGUAAGAAGUUAAGAAAGCUUACUCUGUUGGAUUGUACGAACAUUACGGAGGAGAUGUAUGAGUACAUUGGCAAAAAUUGUCCUCUUCUCAACACGUUUGCUGCAGCUGAGCGAGGAUUUGAUGAUAGGGAUCUCCGCUUCUGCUUGGACCAUUGGGAAAAUACAUUUGUAAACAACAAAGCACUGGAAUAUUUGUCCAUUUGUAGAAACCUCCAAGAACUACGCAUAUGUUACUCAGAUGAAUCGGCAGUUACUGACGAAGGAAUUCUUGCUCUUGCACGCGGUUGUGUUCAACUGAAGGAGGUGGAUUUUGAGGGAUGUUUAGGGAUCACAGACUAUGGAAUUAUGGAACUGUCUCGGCAUUGCAAUGGGCUUAGCUUUGUCAAUCUUUGUCACUGUCGUCAUAUCACAGGAUUUGGGUUAAGUUGUCUGGUAAUGAAUUGUCCAAGACUUCAGGAAUUUCAGAUGUACAGUUGUCCAUUUGUUGAGCAGAUUGUUCUUUGUAAUAAUGAACGUUUUCCGGAAAUUCCAAUAGCCUCUCUGCAUCAAAAUGUGGCAGCAGGCAACACUGAAUGUGAUUGUUAUGAAGUCUUUAGAUCCGGAGAAACAUACAGCGAAUCAAAGUGUUGUCCUAGAGUCAUUCAAGGACAAAACGAAAUCAAAGUAAUGUAUGGGUUAACAAAUGAAAUGAUCAAGCAAAAAAAUCAAAAGAAUGGAAAUUCGGGGAAUCAGAAGAAUUCGCAGACAACCAUGAUGAAAGACUCGGACUUGUCAAAAGUCUUUAAACGAAUUAAUCCAUUGCAAGUUCCAUUCGACCAUUCCUGGAUACAAAAACUGGAUCUGUCCGCUUGUAGGAGGGUUUGUGAUUCUGAUAUUUUAAAGAUUUGCAAAUAUUGUCCAGAAAUAAGAAAUCUGAAUCUCGCAUACAAUCAUAAGUUAUCGGAUACGAGCAUCAUUGUUUUGGCUAGACACCUUACGUUGCUGAAGGAGUUGGACUUGGAAGGUAUCAAGAAUUUGACGAAUGCUUCUUUGGCUUGUCUUGUCGAAGGGAAUUUGGAGUUUCUCUCUUUGUAUGCUUGUCCAAAAAUGUCAAUCAUUGGAUUUAAAAAUUUUCUUGUGUCUAGCAAAAACUUGAAAAAAGUGAAGAUCCGUCUCAACAAAGAUGAUCUUUCCGUGGAGUUGAGGCGAGAUACAAUCAGAAGUAUGCUUUCCGAAGAAGAGUGUGGUUUUGUCAUGGAACAAGAUGAAUUUUCGUAUUAUGUUACACUUGAAUCUAAAAACAGCAAAAAUGACUAACCUUUCUCUUAAAGAUUGAGUAAUUGAUGUUCUUUACAUUCUACAAAUUAUAAAAUUAACAACAGGUUAUUGUAUGACUGAAGACCUUCAAAUCAUUCUGUUGCAACCCCGGUGAUUUGUAGUGAUAAAUUCAGACAAUCGAAAGUAGCUCACAGAUUGUCCAUGGAUUGUUAUAUGGCCGUUACGGACUUUUGUACGUUUCAGUUUCUUGUAUGGAAGUAUUUGAUUGGAUGUCUAAAUUUGUUACAACCAAUCAGUGUCAAUUUUAUCUAUUUUUUGGAAUGCCUUAUGUGUGCGGAGACGCAGAGGACUAUUGGUAGUAUGACGUGUUUUGCAGCUAGGCGUUAGGGUAUUUCCAUCCUUUUGUGACGUCACAGGUUUUUGCAAAAACUUUCAAAAUUUUAAAUUGCAUGAUAGAAAUCUAUGUUUUGUAGAAGUAUUAUAAUAACAAAAAGAAUAUACUUUAACAAAAAUAUUAAAAAAGAAAAUAUUCUUAUAA